GCAAAACCCAAGAGAAAAUCUGCCAUCACACUGCUCUGUUGAGAACAGCAGUAAUGUAGCACAACAACAUCUGGCACCAAAACUCUGAAGACCCGCCUUCUACCCAAUAAAAGUGGAGACCUAGACAACCCCAGAAGCUCAGGAGCCUGCAACAGGUGCUGAUCUGACAGUCUCUGGAAUACACAAUUCAAGCUCAGACUGCGGAGCAUGAAAGGAAGUUCCAUGUUUUCAGACAUGUCUUCUUACCCAGUCAUGUUGUUUCUCAUUACUCUGCUGCUGUCUUCUAUUCUCACUGAGGGAAGGGUUGUGACUCAGACUAAGAAAGAGCCCACCAUCUCUGCUGAUCACAUGACAAAUGUCAAGCCUGAAUUGGACAAGGGGGACAGCCAAUAUAAAGGAACUAACACAGAGGACUUGCAUAGGGUGGUUUCUGCCUCCCAUCAAGACGAAAGAUCAUCUGAAGACCUGGCCAAUACUCAGAAAGAAAUCAUCUUAUCUGCUGUUCACCUGACAAAUAUCAAGGCUGUUUUGGACAAGGUAGACCGCCAAGGGAAAAGAAAUAACAGGGGAGCCUUGGAGAGGAAACUCUGGGCCUCCCAUCGAGAUGAAAGAUCAUCUGAAGACCUGACCAAUUUUAAUCAAAACAUGUUAGACCUGUCUACAGUCUUCACUGUCCUGAAAAAAUUGUGUUCUCACAAACAUCAAGUGGAGCCAGUAAACUUCAGUAGCAUAGCCUACAGGUCUGAAGGGACUGGAGUUGAGGAUCAACAGGAAAAUUUCAAAGGCAAAUACAUCUACGCAUUGGAUGAAUUCUUGGACUUAGUAGCAAGUGUUUUGUUUUCCCAUUAAAUUUAACUAGAAACCUC